AUGAAGCACUUUAUGUUUCUAGUCUUGUUUCUAGUUACUACGAUUCCCAGUCCAACUCAUCUGCAAGUGGCAACUGGAACAACUGGAAAUAUAAUUCGUGUCGGUUUCAUUCAUUGCAGAGAUUAUCAAAGUGCACCAAUUACUGUGGGAUACCGUACCUCUGCAUCUGCUGCAAGUAUUGCUGUCGACCGAUUGAAAAGAGAGGGAUUGAUGGUUGGAUGGGAAUUCAAUUUCACUAUCGUUUUUGAUGAUUGUGUUGAAUCAGAAGCUGCUGGAAUGACAGUUGAUCUCAUUGAGAAACAUAAUGUAGAUGUUAUCAUUGGCCCUACAAUGAACCAACCCACUCUCGCUGCUUUCAUCGUUUCAAACUAUUAUAACCGUCCAAUCAUUUCGUGGGGUCUUGUCAAUGCAGCCCAACUGGAUGACUAUGAAAGAUUUCCGAAUGCUGGAAUCAUGUCUGCUGGUCAAAGAAGUCUCGGUGUGGCAAUUCGGGCGGUGCUGACUGAAUAUGGAUGGAAUCAGUUUGUAUUUGCAUAUUUCACAGAGGAAGAUGCAGAGAAAUGUGUGACAAUGAGAAAUGAUUUACAGCAAGUAGUUUCAUAUUUCGGAGACAUAAUUCUUGCAUAUUCCAUCCAAGUGACUGACAUUUCGAAUGAAGGGAUGAUCUCUGCUCUCCGGAAAAUUCAAUCCAGAGGAAGAAUAAUCGUAACCUGUAUGAAAGAUGGUAUUGGACUCCGUCGUAAGUGGGUUUUGGCAGCCGAAGAAGCUGGAAUGAUUGGUGAUGAAUACGUCUACAUAUUCUCUGAUAUUAAGUCGAAAGGAUACUAUGUCCCGAUUCUCGGAGGUGGUGAGAGACCAGCAUGGAUUCCAUCGAGUGGAUCUGAUGAAAACGACACAAGGGCUCUGAAAGCAUUCAAAAAGUCUAUAUUUGUCUGUGACAUGAUGGGCCAAGGGUCUAUUGCAACCAAUUAUACGGUAUUCGGAACAGAAGUUGUUGCACGAAUGAAGGAAGCACCGUACUUCUGUACGGAUGAUUGUGAAGGGAAGAACUAUUCUGUGGCUGCCACCUACUCUGGUCAACUCCACGACGCCGUCUACGCGUACGGAGUUGCACUCGAUAAGAUGGCGAAAGCAGGUCAAAUGGUAAACUACCGUAAUGCAAGUGCUUUUAUGAGAUACUUUCCACAAUCGUUUGUUGGAAUGUCUGGAAAUGUGAAUAUCAAUGAGAAGGGCACUCGAAACCCCACGCUUUUUCUCCUUUCAUUGGAUGAAAAUGGCAAUAACACUCUUAGAGCAACGAUUUAUGUGGAAAAUAUGAGUGCGACAUUCUCGCCGUUGUAUUCAGAUGAAGGGGUUAUGUGGAGUUCUAGAAAAGGAAAUGUCCGACCGAAUGAUGUUCCAGAAUGUGGAUUUACUGGAACUGGGUGUCCGAAAAGUUUUGUGGAAGAGUAUCUGAUCUGGGUUAUUGUCGCUGUCGUUGUAUUAUUUUUGGCAGUUUUGGCAGCUGGAUCUGGAAUAUAUUUCUCUAUUAAAACUAGACGACAAGAAAUAGAAAGAUUGAAUCAAUUAUGGCAGAUUCCUUUUAUACAUCUUCAUCAAAUUAAUUCAAAACAAAAAGGAAAAGGAGAGCACAGUGUUCGAAGUCUUCAAAGUGGAACUAGUACUUUAUCAUCGAGAACAACUGUUUCUAUCAAGACCGAAACACGAAACUUUCUGUUUUUUAGUCUUCAGAGAGAAUCUGAUUAUGAACCAGUCGUUGCUAAGAAACAUGCUUACCGUCCAAGAUUGGAUGAUGAAAAGUGUGCUUUUAUGAGAUCGUUGAGAACCCUGGACCAUGAUAACUUGAACAGAUUUAUUGGAUUAUGUCUAGACGGACCUCAGAUGUUAUCAGUAUGGAGAUUCUGUUCUAGAGGAUCGAUGGCUGAUGUUAUUCUGAAAGCUACCAUUCAAAUGGACAAUUUCUUCAUUUAUUCUCUGAUCAAAGACAUUGUUCAUGGGCUAGUUUUUCUCCAUUCUUCAGUGGUUGGUUGCCAUGGAAUGUUGACUUCGAAAUGUUGUCUGAUUGAUGACAGAUGGCAAGUGAAGAUUUCAAAUUAUGGAUUGAAAGAUUUGAGAUCUAUUGAGAUGUAUGAAAAGAAAGAUCUCCUCUGGAGUGCUCCAGAACUGCUACGAGCUGAAGAUAUCAAGGGAACAAAGGAAGGAGAUGUUUAUAGUUUAGGUAUCAUUUGUGCCGAACUUAUUACUCGAAAAGGUGUGUUCAAUAUGGAGGAUAGGAAGGAAGAUCCUGAAGAAAUAAUUUAUUUACUCAAGAAAGGAGGAAUGAAAUCACCAAGACCUGAUUUAGAUUAUGAUCAUACUAUUGAAAUUAAUCCGGCAUUGCUCCAUCUUAUCAGAGAUUGUUACACGGAACGUCCAUCUGAAAGGCCUUCAAUUGAAACAGUGAGAUCUCAAUUGAGAGGAAUGAAUUCUAGUAGAAAUGAUAACUUGAUGGAUCACGUAUUCAAUAUGCUGGAGUCCUAUGCAUCAUCUUUAGAAGAAGAAGUUUCAGAAAGAACGAAAGAAUUGGUUGAGGAGAAAAAGAAAAGUGAUGUUUUGUUGUACAGAAUGCUGCCAAAAACUGUGGCGGAUAAACUAAAGCUCGGACAGACGGUAGAGCCGGAAACAUUCGAACAAGUCACCAUUUUCUUCUCCGAUGUAGUUCAAUUCACAACUCUUGCUAGCAAAUGUACACCUCUACAAGUUGUUAAUUUGCUGAAUGAUUUGUAUACUAUUUUCGAUGGAAUUAUUGAAAGACACGAUGUUUAUAAGGUAGAAACCAUUGGAGAUGGAUAUCUCUGUGUAUCUGGUCUUCCUCAUAGAAACGGAAAUGAGCACGUCCGACAGAUUGCAUUGAUGUCUCUAGCGUUCUUGUCGAGUCUAGAAUUCUUCAGAGUCCCUCAUCUGCCAAGUGAAAGGAUCAAUUUGAGAAUUGGAAUGAAUUGUGGAAGUGUGGUUGCAGGAGUUGUUGGAUUAACAAUGCCACGUUUCUGUCUUUUUGGAGAUGCAGUGAAUACGGCUAGUCGGAUGGAGAGCAAUGGAAAACCUGGAAAAAUUCAUUUGUCUGCUGAAGCCAAUCGUCUUCUAACUGAAACUGUUGGAGGCUUUGUAACAGAAUCUAGAGGAGAAGUGAUUAUAAAAGGAAAAGGAGUCAUGGAAACGUUUUGGCUUAUUGGACCAAAUUCUGGAAUUCGUCCAACUUCUACAAAAAAGAUUGUGAAACCUAAAAAGGUUUGUCAAAGAAUUUAA